GUUAUUGUGAGAAGUUAAAAUGUCAUUCUCUCCUGCAAAAAUAAACUCAUUAAGUUUACAUACAUUAGUUGUAAAGAAAAAAAUUCCAUUAAUUUUUUUAAAUGGCCGACAAAAGGUCGCAGGCUUCGUCUCCUCAGGCUGUAUCGUAUCUAGAUGGAUCCCAUGCACCAUAUCCAAAUGACCCUCCGGUACCAUACCCUGUAGGCGUACCUCAUCUGCCUUAUUCAACAAAUGACGGACAACAGUGGCAAGCUGGAGCGGUACAGUAUCCAUAUGCGAACUAUAACACCAAUCCUCAUCACAACAACUCCGAUGAUAUCGGUGGUGGGACAGGAGGAGGAGGAGAAAGAUACAUGGAAGAUCAGUUUAUUUCAUCUAAAUUUAGCGACAAAAAUAUCCGUCGUGCAUUUAUUCGUAAGGUAUACGUUACACUUAGCAUCCAGUUGUCGUUCACACUUGCUAUUGUCUGCAUUUUCGUACUUGUCCAACCUGUAAGGAACUGGGUCCGUAGAAAUGCCUGGUUCUACUAUUUAGCCUAUGCAAUAUUCUUCGUCACAUAUCUGGUGCUUGGUUGUAUUGUAAGUGUACGCAGAAAAUUCCCCGGAAAUUACAUAUGCUUAUCUGUAUUUACAUUCGCAUUAUCAUAUAUGGCUGGUGCGAUUGGUGCAUUCUAUGGCGCUGAAGCAGCUUUAAUCGCUGUAGUGCUUACAUUUGCUCUAUGCAUCUGCAUAACAUUAUUCGCAAUGCAAACACGUAUUGAUUUUACAAUGUGCUCUGGCAUGUUAUUUGUAUUUGGAUGCGUCGUCAUGCUAACUGGAAUUGUGUGCAUGAUUGUAUUUUUUGCCGCUGGACCAAAUAAGAUUUUUCCCGUCGAUUGAUUGGACCGAAGUGCUCAGUCUCAGGUUGACAUGUCGGCUUCCUAUGCAGAUGCUUCGACGAUGUCUGGGCAAUUAAUUAGUAUUUAAUUGGUGGAUGGUGACUAGCAGUGGAAUCCAGGAUGCGCAUUUCGUCCUAUUUGGGACUCGUCACUGGAUGUACCUGCAUUUCUCAGUGAGUGAUGAUGUUCCCACCGAGGCUCGAACCCAGUGCCCAUAGUUUCCAACGCCAAAGCGUUAUCCACUUGACCAAUGUGGUCUAGGAUGGAGUUUCCUGGAGUUCUAGUGAGAAGUCGUGACCAGUGGGGUCUAUCUAGUCACGUGUGAGGAUGGAGGUUUCACCGACGACAUUGCUUAGGGUGUCGCUAAAUCACGAAUUAAUAGAAGUUAGAAUUCAUUAACCAUUGAAUCGGGUCACAGUGUUUGAAUGGUAUACGAGCUUGCCUUGUAACCGAAAGGUCCUGGGUUCGAACCCUGGUGGUGGGUGCAUACUGCCGAUGAUUCCCAAACUAGGAUGAAACAGCAGCUGUCCAGUACUCUCUGGUUUUCAAUGGUUCUCUAACUGAUAUCAGUCCCUGAUCAACUCGUAAAAAAUGAAUAAGAAUUAUGUUUACAAAAUACUCAUGUCUAAUCACAUUUAUAUAACUGUGUUCAACAAAAUGUUUUGUUUGGACAAGCACAUGUUAUUCACCGAUAGGUAACCCUUUUCUCUUAAUAAAAACUGAAGUUGACAUUAAAGAAUAUUAGUUUUGCUUGAAACACCUUAAAAAUAAGCAUGUUCAUGCAUGCUAUGAUGAUGAAAAUUUUUAGUGAUUUCUAUUAAGUGAAAGGCAGCAAUUACUAAUAACAUUAAUCGCUUUAUUAUAAACAAUAAUAACUAUACAGAAUGUAAUUUUCAGCGUAGAUGCACAUCAGCUGCUUGAUAAAUAUCCCGAUUGGCCCAUAUCAUCUAAUAACCUAAACGGUGGGUUUGUUCUACUUUUAGACUCAUCAGUAGUAUUCGUUGAACUUCGAAUGUGAAUCGUAGUAAAGAAUGUCCAGAUAAUGUAGCAAGUACUUUCAGAAUAGGACUGAAAAUUUGUCCUGUGCUCUUCAGUAUUCACUUGGUUUAUUGACUGAUUUUGACUUACCAUAGUGAUUGUUUGUAAAUACUCUUAUUAUUGGCAUUUCUUUAAUGUGAACUCACUUUUCAUUUUAGGUUUUGCAAGGGGUGUAUGGC